UCUGUGCCGCUCGGAUGGUGGAGUUCUCUGGAAGCGGCUGCAUGUCAGUGGGGACAUCUCUGCUGGAAAUUCUGAAGCUUCCCUGCACCCUGCCUCUGCUGUGUUUGUCCCCAGCACCAGAAAAGGCCGGGUAGGGCUGACAGGAACCUAUUCCACCCUCCUGUCCAAAAGACCAGUUGGCAUCUACUUCUGUGUGACAAGUGCUACUACACUGGCCGGUAGGAUGGACUGCAGGAGAGAGCUCCAGAGACCAGGCAAGAUGGGAAAUGCCAAGAGCCUGUCGAGCCAGAAAAUGGGUUCCAAGUUCCUGCCCGAGGAGCAGGCUGAGGUGGAUAGGCUGUUUGAUGUCCUGUCAUUUAAUAAAGGUGGCUCGGCCGCGGGGACUUUCUCUCUGGAGGCGCUAAAGAGCCACGUCAAGGAGGUUCUUCCUCUGGUGAUGGUCACCAGGCUAUACAACGGCAUGUGGAGGGUCAAGGCCACCCACAAGGCACAAGGGGGCAAGAGGAAUGUCUCCCGGGAGCAGUUCACAGUGUUCCUGUCCCACCUGUUGAAAGGCAGCUUCGAGGAGAAGGGCCACAUGAUUAUGAAAAUGAUCAUAACUGCAGAGGGUCCUGUGACGGCCAGAGACGUCCAGAAGUUCACAGAGGAACUGGUGACCUCUGUGGUGCACGUGCUGACCCACCGGCAUGAACUUCGAGGCUGGACUGGGAGGAAAUCCACAGUGUCCCCCACCAGUGUGCAGGCCAUGGCUGCCCAACUGCUCUCAGAGAUGAAGUUUCAAGAUGGCCACAAGUUUCGGGGGCCUCAGUGCCUGGACCAGGUCUGCGACCAAGCUGUGAUUGAGGACUGGGUGUUCCAUGUCCCUCACGUGGGCCUGUUUCUGAGCGUGGUCAUCCUUCGGGGCCUUCGCCUCCUGAACUCAUCCGUGGACCUUUCCACGCUGGUGCCCGAGCGCCACGUGGAUAAGGGGCAGCCGUUUGAGAGCAUCCUGGACGUGCUGCCGGUCAUCUACCUCAACUCCCACCUGGCCACAGAUCAGCAGCACCGCUGGCGGCUGCUCUUCUCCACACAGCUCCACGGACAGAGCUUUUCCCAGCUGUGCAGCCGCAUCACACACCAGGGGCCCUGCCUGGUUGUCCUCGAGGACAGGGAUGGCUAUGUCUUUGGUGGCUUUGCCUCCCGUUCUUGGGAGGUCAAGCCUCAGUUUCAAGGGGACAACAAAUGCUUCCUUUUCUCCAUCACACCCAGUAUGGCCACGUACACGUACACAGGCUACAAUGACCACUUCAUGUACUUGAAUCACGGACAGCAGACCAUGCCCAAUGGACUGGGCAUGGGCGGGCAGCACCAUUAUUUUGGGCUUUGGGUGGCUGCAGACUUUGGGAAAGGACACAGCAAAGCUAAGCCCACAUGUACCACCUACAACAGCCCACAGCUGUCUGCCCAGGAGGACUUCCAAUUUGAUAAGAUGGAGGUGUGGGGGCUCGGUGAUGUCUUAGAGACAUGUCUGGUCAAGAACAAGAAGAGCAUCCUUGACUCGGAUCCUGCAGCCCAGUCCCUGCUGGAGAUCAGUGGACGGACUCGCCACAGUGAGGGACUGCGGGAAGUCCCCGAAGAAGAUGACUGAGGCUCCUGAACCGUGGGCUUCCUGGAGCAAGGGCUGGGACUCCCCCAGCGAUACAGUGCACAGGGUAUCCAGAUUCCUCACAGCCAGGGAGACAAAACCCUGCAGACCCUCUGCCCUGACUCUGGCUUAGCUUUAACACCAGCCACAUGGCCACAGCCAUGCCAAAAGAAACCCCUCUGAAGCCAUAUUGAUGGGUGUUGCCUCCCAGGAUCCCUAUGCAUAAGUUAGAACGUUGGCCUUAUACUUUUUCAUUUCAUGUCAAUGGAAUCCAAGACAAAGAGGCUUGAAACCUGCCGGAACUGGUGAUGGGUAGGGGCGUGUAUUCUUGCCUCAGGAGGUGGCUGCAUGCGUGGCCUUUGCUCUGGGUCUCAGUGGGCACUCUGAUGACUCAUCGCAAGUGGAAAGACAGAGGUGCUUAGAUGAACAUCUUGGUACUUUGUAAGAACACCCUCAGCGCCACCAUGGGACUUCUGGGUUUGUAGCGAAAGCUCUGAAGGUAAUGUUUCUGGGGGCAGGACUCCUCAGAGCAGGUUUGGGAUGGGGUUCCCAUCUAGUUUUCUCAACACUUUUUUUUUUUAAAUGAGUCAGAUUAGUAGAUGGGCGAACUUGACCUAUCUGCCCAGAGACCAAGUCAUUACUGUGCUGCUAACUAAAUUUGAGGGCAUUUGGAGGGAGCCAGAGUCUGGGUGCUUGCUUAAUGGAUGCCCAAGAUCCAUCCCUUAAGUCAGUGGUGGGGGAUGCCCAGCCUUGGCUUGGAGUGGCAGCUUCUAGGUGCCUUCUCUAGGGUCACAGCUCAAGCCUCCUCAGAAGGAGGGUGAGUGAUGGGACAGAAAGACUCCAGCGAUCCCGAAAGACUGACGAGGACUCAGGUGGUCAGGCUGCCCAGCACACUGUAAGUCAUUGCCACCCAGUGUCACCCACUCAGAGGAGCCACAGGCCCUUCUCUGAGACCUCUACCUCUUCCCUUUGCCUUGUGCUGCAAACCUCAACUUUACAGAUCUCCUGUACAGUUUGCCUCAAUUAAAAGCCAUAGUAAAUUCAGCAUUUUUCCAGUUCUGCACUUUUUGCCCAGGAAUCUCCUGGAAUACUCCAUGUAACCAUCUUGAGCACAGAAGAAGG